AUGGCGUCCGCGCAGAGAUGUCAGACUCCCAGUAAAGAUGAUUUGUAUUAUCGGAUGCAUUUUCAUAUGAUGAACGAGCAGCAGGUGGAGGACAUCACCAUCGACUUCUUCUACAAACCGCACACCAUCACACUGCUCACAUGCACCAUCCUCAGCCUUAUGUACUUCGCGUUCACGCGAGAUGAUGGAAAUCCAGACAGUAACGUGUGGGUGGGUCUCAUCCUGGUCAUCUCUUUCUUCCUGGUCAUCAGUGUUCUUGCCUUUCCUAACGGGCCCUUCACGAGACCUCAUCCGGCUAUAUGGCGCAUUGUGUUCGGGUUGAGUGUUCUCUACUUCCUCUUCCUGGUUUUCAUCAUCUUCCUGAACUGGGAUCAGGUGAAAGCGCUGAUGUACUGGCUGGAUCCAGACCUCCGCUAUGCCAAGAGAGAAGCUGAUAUAAUGGAGUAUGCUGUAAACUGUCACGUGAUCACCUGGGAGCGAAUCCUCAGUCACUUUGACAUCUUUGCGUUCAGUCAUUUUUGGGGUUGGGGUAUGAAGGCUCUUCUCAUCCGCAGCUACGGCCUUUGCUGGACCAUUAGCAUCACGUGGGAGCUCACAGAGCUGUUCUUCAUGCAUCUUCUGCCUAAUUUUGCCGAGUGCUGGUGGGACCAAGUGAUUUUGGAUAUUUUGUUGUGUAAUGGAGGAGGCAUCUGGCUGGGAAUGACCGUCUGUCGUUUCUUAGAGAUGCGCACGUAUCACUGGGCCAGUAUCAAAGACAUCCACAGACUCACAGGAAAGAUCAAACGUGCUGCUUUACAGUUUACACCCGCCAGCUGGACGUACGUGCGCUGGUUUGAUCCUAAAUCUUCUUUCCAGAGGGUGGCUGGAGUUUAUCUCUUCAUGAUUAUCUGGCAGCUGACGGAGUUAAACACUUUCUUCCUGAAGCACAUCUUUGUGUUUCCAGCGUGUCAUCCUCUCAGCUGGUGCAGGAUUCUCUUUAUUGGCAUCAUUACGGCUCCAACCGUACGGCAGUAUUACGUCUAUCUGACGGACACGCAGUGCAAACGUGUGGGGACGCAGUGUUGGGUGUUUGGGGCCAUUGCUUUUCUGGAAGCAUUAGCGUGCAUUAAAUUUGGACAAGAUUUGUUUUCUAAGACUCAGAUUCUGUAUGUGAUCUUGUGGCUGGUGUGUUUGGCCUUCAUCACAUUCUUGUGUCUUUAUGGGAUGGUGUGGUACGCUGAGAACUAUGGGCCCAGAGAGAAGAGUUUCUCAGAGUGUGAUGACAGUUUUCAGUCAGAUGUUGUUGCUGCUGAUGGUGUGACUGAAUGCAAAGGGGAAUUUGAGAAGAACAGAUCUUCAUCUACUCGAAGGAAAGUAAAGAGUUCUGGAAAUAGUAAAAGCAUGAACAGUGUGGAGAAAUGAGUCCAGAGCGUAUUUAUGAACCUUCACGUGACUGAAUGGAUGUUGGCACAGUUUGAUCAGUCUUGUUAAUGGAGGUAAAGUCACAUGACUGUGUUUAUGGAAGGUGAGAUUAUCUCAGGUUUGGUCCAGACAUUUCAGAAAUGGUCUGAUCCACCAUGGCUGUCAAAGAUGUUAAUACUGUAUAACUACAGAGACGGUGUUUGGUAUUCACACAGCAGUAUUUUAUGUCACAAACACUUUCAGCUGUGUAUUAUAUGCAUCAGAUUUUAAAUUACGUCACUGAUAUUAAAAUGUUUCUGCAGAUGAAUUGUAAUACACUGCAAAAAAUGACUUUCAAGAAAACAUUUUCUUAGUAUUUUUGUCUUGUUUUCAGUAAAAAUAUCUAAAAAUUCUUAAAUGAAGAUGCUUUUUCAUGAUGAGCAAAACGACCCAAGAAAAUAACUCUAGUUUUUAAACCAAAAAUAUCACAUUUAAGUGAUUUUGUGCAUAAAUGAAUUUUUCUUGAAUUUAGCGUUUAAGAAAAAUGUUCAAGAUUUUUUUGCUUACCCCAUUGGCAGAUUUUUUUGCUUGUUUUAUGCACAAAAUCAAAAUACGAUAUUUUUGGUCGUUUUGCUCAUCAAGAAAAAGCAUCUUAAUUUAAAUUUUUUUUUUUUGAUAUUUUUACUGAAAACAAGACAAAAAUACUAAGAUUUUUUUUCUUGAAAAUAAUUUUUUGCAGUGUACAAAAAUGACUUUCUUACUACGUAUUUUUGUCUUGUUUUCAGUACAAAUAUCUAAAAAGUCUUAAAUUUAGAUGCAAUUUCUUCACGAGAAAGUGACCUAUAACUAAGUCUAGCUUUUAGACAAAAAAUAUACUAUUGAAGUGAUUCUGUGCUUAAAACAAGCAAAAAUAUCUGCCAGUGUUAUUAAAAAAAUAUUAAAAUAAGUUUACUUUGGCAAAUUAUUUUGUUUGUUUUAAGCACAGAUUCACUUAAAUUGUAUAUUUUUUGUCUAAAAACUAGAUUUAUUUUUUUAGGUCAUUUUGCUCAUCAAGAAAAUACAUCUUGAUUUAAUAAGUUUUAUAAGCAAAAAACAUCUCAUGGAUGUUUCUUGCUUAUAA